AUGACUGAAUUCACAGCUCGCGAACCACUUCUUUACCACAUCCCAGACGAUCUCACGCUCGCACAAUUCACCCUCGACGUGCACCAUCCCGCUCAAGUAACGCAUCCUGAAGGCGUACCGUGGCUCAUUCAGGACGAGACCGGCAGGACGAUUGGUCUGGGAGAGAUUCGCGCUCGUGUCUUCGCUUUUGCCAAUGGACUGAGCGUCCGUGAUAUCAUUCGCGACGGGGAAACCAUGUGCAUAUUCUCGCCCAAUCACGUCGACUAUCCAGUGGCCAUUUGGGCCAUUCACCGUCUCGGCGCGGUCGUCUCUCCGGCAAACCCUUCGUUCACAGCCGAGGAGCUUCGUUAUCAGCUUACUGCUAGCGGCUCUAGUGCCAUCGUUGCACAUCCAAAGUCGUUGGUUACUGCGCUCGAAGCGGCAUCGCUCGCUGGCAUUCCCGCCAACCGCGUCGUGGUCCUCGAAAGGCAUGUCAACGUUUCCGACGCACGUAAGGGUGUGCAUUGCUUUGAACAGCUCACUACUCUUGGCCUUUCGCGACCACCACAGUUCGCUGAGUGCAGACUGAAGGUUGGCGAGGCCAAGACUAAGAUCGCGUUCUUGUCAUUCUCGAGCGGCACCACCGGGAAACCGAAGGGACGUAAACCCUUGUCAUCACCCAUCGCCAACCUCAUACAGAUGCAGGCCCAUUAUCGCAGUGCCAACGAUUCUCUACCCUUUGCACGGCGCCGUCAUAGACCUGGCGACUUGACAUUGGCGUGUCUGCCAUUCUUCCACAUAUAUGGGUUACUCAUCGUGUUGCAUUUUUCGCUAUUCUGCGGGAUGUCCGUCGUUGUCGUUCCCAAAUUCGACUUCGUGAAGUUUAUGGACAGCAUCGUCAAGUACAAGAUUACCCAUCUGUACCUCGUACCUCCUCAGGUCGUCUUGUUAUGCAAACAUCCUGCAGCAUCAGGUCGUGAUUUCAGCCAUGUUCGUGUCAUGAUGGCGGGAGCGGCACCUGUCCCAGCGGAGCUCACUGGACAGAUACGGAAGGUCUUGCCCAAUGCCGCUAUCGGGCAAGGGUAUGGCAUGACCGAAACGUCCACGACUAUAGCUAUGUUUCCGCCUGAUCAGCACAUUGGCGUGCAGGGCAGUGCAGGGCGCCUUAUACCGGGAUGUCGCGCUCGUAUUGUCAAGGAGGACGGAUGUUGGGCGGGUGUGGGGGAGGUUGGCGAGUUAUACGUCACCGGUCCUUCGAUGGCCCUCUGCUACGCGAACAAUCCGGAGGCCACGAAGGAAACCUUCGUCGACGGAUGGGUGCGGACAGGCGACGAAGUGUACAUGAAUGCGGAUGGAGAUUUGUUCGUGGUUGACCGUUUGAAGGAGAUCAUGAAGGUCCGCGGUUUCCAGGUUGCACCCGCAGAGCUCGAAGGGCACAUCUUGAAACACCCAGACGUCGCCGAUUGCUGUGUAGUAGGUGUACCUGACGAGUACAGUGGUGAAGUCCCUCUCGCAUUUGUCGUGCUCAGUCAGGAUGCAGCCGAGCGUGCCUCCACUGGGUCUACCGACUUCAUCAAGGCCAACAUAGCCAAAUGGGUUAUAGAUCACAAAGUUGCCUACAAAAGGCUCACUGGUGGAGUGGAGAUAGUAGAUUCUAUCCCCAAGAAUCCUAGCGGGAAGCUUCUUCGACGUGUUCUGCGCGAUAAGGCGAGGGAGAUGAGAGCCCGGCCGAUGAAGGCGAAGCUAUAG